AUGGCUCCUUGGACAUCGAAACCAGCGUCGGCUCAAGAUCAUGAGCAUGAUCUUUGUACAAUGUUGGAGAUUGAGGAACGGGUUGAUCUAACGCUCCUUGUUGCUGAUAUUACAGAGGUCAUGCAGAAGAAUAUCAGUGACAAUUUUGAUGCUUCCAUCAGCACAGGAGAAGCACCGGUCAAAGUCUUAGAAGUUGAUUAUAUAAACCCCAAUACUGAUGAUAGCAAGCCUGAGGAGGAAUCGGAAGAUGAGGAGAAAGCUCGACAAUUAAGGGAGAAGAGAGAAAAAGAAUUAUCGGCUCCCAAGAUGUUGGAGCUGAAGCAUGAUUCUCUCAAGUUCUUUCAAGAAUGGCAAGAGACAGUGAUAUCCAGAAUUGGAACAGUCGUCAACAAUCCAAAAGAAGUCACCGAAGAGCAGAAGAAAAAGGCCAGUGCAGAUUCAACUCCCAAUGCGCCACCGAAAACCAAAGUCGUUAGGCAAACUACGAAUGUUGUGGAGGCGGAUGCAGCUUUAGUAGAUCUUUACCCACCGACAUCCACAGCUCUUUACUCUUUACCAGAAGAGAAACGAGUGAUGCUUCUACAUGCUAUGCUACUACUUCUCCUUUCUUUGGAACACUACACAGCACAUUCCCGCAUUCUUCUGCUUCAUAUAGCAUCAUCGUUACACCUUCCUCUUCACAUCCUCACUGAGAUGGAGGUGAAGGUUGCACAAGGUCUCCUAGAGGCCGCCAAGAAGAUGUCUGGCAAUGAAGAGACACAAAAACGGAGCGACGAGAACAAAGUAGCCCGGAGAUGGAAGGUAGGACUUGCAGGUGUUGCUGGCGCCGCAAUCAUCGGCGUGACGGGUGGCCUCGCAGCUCCGUUAGUCGCUGGAGCUCUGGGCACAGUAAUGGGAGGGCUUGGCCUUGGUGCGACUACGGCGGCAGGAUUAUUGGGAGCUCUGGCUGAAAGUGGAGUUAUUGUUGGAAGUCUGUUUGGUGCUUAUGGUGCUAGCAUGACAGGCAAGAUGAUGGACUCUUACGCAAAAGAGGUUUCUGACUUUGCAUUUCUUCCGCUCGGAGGAUCGCCACAUCAAAAGUCUGUCAAGGAAAUAGCAGCAAAAGAUCGGAGAUUGAGAGUCACAAUAGGUAUUAGUGGAUGGUUGACCCAGAAAGAAGAUGUCAUCACCCCAUGGCGAGUUCUUGGACAUCAAAGCGAGGUCUUCGCCCUGCGAUAUGAACUUGAGGCCCUUUCUAAACUAGGGACAUCGUUAGAAUCGGUGGUAAAAAGUACAGCUUGGUCUAUCGCCAAGAAAGAGAUUAUUGCUCGAACGAUAUUCGCUAGUUUGAUGACCGCUCUCUGGCCGAUCGGGCUAUUGAAUAUCUCGAAAGUUGUAGACAAUCCAUUUUCGGUGGCUAAAAACCGAGCAGAUAAAGCAGGCCUAGUACUUGCGGAUGCACUUAUCAACAAGGCACACAGGGGAGAGGCCAAACGUCGAGCAUUCGGUUUAAUCGAAUCAGCAGUACUCAUCGGAGCGCCAGCUCCUUCCGACGCAAGUGCGUGGCGAGCUAUGCGCAGUGUAGUUUCUGGACGACUCGUGAACGUAUAUUCCGAGAACGAUUACAUACUGGCUUUUCUAUACCGUACCAGCAGCAUACAAUUUGGUGUUGCCGGUCUUCAAGAAGCCCAAGAUGUAAAAGGGAUCGAGAACGUCAAUGUAAGCGAGAUGGUGAGCGGUCACCUACGCUAUCAAUAUCUUGUGGGUACCAUUUUGGAAAAGAUAGGUUUUGAAGAUAUCGAUGUGGAGGAGGUUGCAAAGGAGGAAGAAACUUUGGAAUUGUUGGACGAGCAGGAGAAGAAAGAAGAAGAGGAGAAGGGAAAUGCGGAGGAUGUGAAUGUGGAUCCAGAGGUUGAGGCAAGGAAAUUGGAGAGGGAUGUCCAACUAAAGACUGAUGAGACCAUGAUGCAGCAAGGCGCGGAGAAGUUGGGGAGGAGAGGUGCCAGUGGAAAUUCGAUUUUAGAGUUGAGGGAGGUAAAUUGGGUAUCCUGGUGGCAGUUAUUGGCGGAGCAAGACGAGCAGGACAAUGUUAUAGGGGGCUCCUAUGAUGGUGAUGGAGAUUUGGACGUGGGCGAAAGGACUAUGGCAUACAUGGCGACUUUACUGAAUGCUGUGAAGCUGCAAAUGGGGUAUCAAUUCUGA